AUGCCGUUCCUCCGAAACGGGUCUGAGACUCCUAAAGACACUGAGAAAAGCUUAAAUGCAUUUGAAACGCUCGUGCAUGAUCUUAGUGCGGCUCUAGGCCCGAGCUCCGGCCUUGACUCGGAUGAUGUUGACCCAAAGACUAUCGAACUUCUCAUGGAGAAGUAUGUCUCCAACUCUGAAGAGUGGGAGGCCUGUGCCUUAGGAGAUGCCAGCAGAUCUUACACACGAAACCUCAUUGAUGAGGGAAAUGGCAAGAGCAACCUGUUGAUCCUUGUCUGGAGCCCCGGAAAGGGCAGCGCAAUCCACGACCAUGCCAAUGCGCACUGCGUCAUGAAGAUUCUCAAGGGAAAGCUACAGGAAACACUUUACUCCUGGCCUGAUCAAGAGAAAAUUGAGCAGGGAGAGACAUCUCCCCCUCAGAUUACUCGACAGACGGUUUAUGGAGAGAACCAGGUUACUUACAUGUCCGACAAGCUUGGCCUUCACAGAAUAUCCAAUCCGGACCCGAAAAACUUCGCUAUUUCGCUUCAUCUUUACACACCACCUAACGCAGCUAAGGAAGGCUUCUGUCUCUAUGACGAGAAAACCGGGAAGGCAAAACACAUCAAGCAAACCCACUUCUAUUCUGUUCGUGGAAAGCGUCUUGACUAUGGACAGCACUAG